AUAUGCUAAGACGUCGUCAGAUAACUAUAAUUCACUGUUUUCUAAAAAAAUAUAACAAAUUGAAAAUAAAUAAAUAAAAGAAUGAAAAGAACUCGGAUAAAAUUGGGUGUAUAUUUUCAGAGAUACAUCUUAAUGAACUGGCAAAGGAUGAUUAAAAGGAAAAGAUACUUUUUACUACUGUUUGUUGUUGUUAUUCUGCCUAUGUUCUACUUUUGGCCGACCAAAUCAGGCGAUGCGUCAUCCGUGGACGUUUUCCAAGUGAGAAUGAUACAGUCUAGUGAAGAAAUGGAAUUUCCAACAUCAGAAACCGACAACCGCACAAUCCCGCAUAUCAUUCAUCAAAUCUUUACAUAUAUCAAUGUUCCUGCAUCAUACAGUUUAAAUAUUAGACUAUUUGUGUCCAGAAAUCCAGAUUGGGAGUACAAAUUCUGGACGUUCGAAUCCGGUGAACGGUUGAUAAAGAAACAUCACCCAGAUCUGUUAGCGACUUACAAUGGUUUUGGAAACAGUGUAAAGAAAGCUGAUUUACUACGUUAUGUUGCAAUAUAUGAGUAUGGAGGCGUUUACUCGGACCUGGAUGUACUUGUUCUCCGACCUUUGGAUAAAGUUACUUUAAAGUAUUCAUGUAUUAUCCCAGCAGAACCUUUUGAACACAGCUUACUUCUUUACAAAAUAGAAUUCAGUAUUCAAAAUGGAAUAAUCAUAUGCAGACCAAAGCAUCCAUUUAUAAAGCAAUUGAUAGAAAAUGCCCGAAAUGUUCUACCGAAUGCUAGUGCAAUUCACAGCGUUGGACCACUGUAUGUAACAAAGCAAUUUAAAAUCUAUAAUAACAUAACAGAUGCCGAUACUGAAAGGACAAAGAUUCAUUUUACAAGUAAUUCACCAAUGUUUUACAAAGGACAACUGCCAGAGGACCACCCGAAUGCUGUUUAUGUACCUAACUCUCAAUAUUUCAUGGAUAAUCUGGAUCCUGGUGUCACACUCCGGAUUAAACAGACAUGUAAACAUUUCAGUAAGCAACCAUUUAUUGUAAAAAGGGUCUGUCUUGAGUUUCAAUCCAGACAAUUAGUAAGAAAGAAUCGGAGAUAUACAUUUAUAUUUCAUACGUGGGAUCAUUCCUAUGGUGUCAAACAAAAAGUGAAAUAUUCUGAAAUGAAACAAGUUCACAUACAAGAAUUAGUUCCAAAAGUCUCCCUGUACACAUCCCGAUGAUUUUUAGAGUUGAAUAGAAAUAUUUAUUCAUUUUAUCAAAUAACAAGAAAUAUCUUUAAAAAAGAUACUCGGCCGAAAUAAAAAUGGUUUUAUUGCAUAUGUUAGUUCCAAGUUUUCGAUACAUAUAGAAAUGUUAGCAAUGCUUAUAUACAAUGAUAUAGUAAUUUCAUGUAGGUAAGAAAAAAAUAAGAUUAUUAGCAUAUUGAUGUCUCUUCAAAGUGGGGCAACUUUUUUACAGUAUUUAUUUAAGUGUCCUUGUUACUUGUUAUUACGUUUGACUAAAACUUUUAAUAAUAUGCAAUAUUGACAAUAUUAAUUAAAGAAUCACAUUUGAAAUAUUGUAAAUAAAAUGAAAGGAUAAUAAAUUCUAGAAUUAUAAACAUUAUAUAAAAUGAACCAAUCAGCUUUUUUUAACAUCAUGACCUGAGGGUACCUGAUAUGAGCCGCGCCACGACAAAACCAACAUAAUGCAU